CGAAGCACCCAAGAUGGCGAUGCUAGCAGAACCUCGUAGAAAGCAGAAGUGGUCAGUCGAUCCCCAGAACAGUGCCUGGAGCAAAGACGAGUCCAAGUUUGGACAGAAGAUGCUGGAAAAAAUGGGAUGGUCCAAAGGAAAGGGCCUAGGGGCUCAGGAGCAGGGGGCGACUGAAAACAUCAAGGUUCAGAUGAAGAAUAACAGUCUGGGACUGGGAACAUCUGUCAAACAUGAAGACAACUGGAUUGCUCAUCAGGAUGAUUUUAACCAACUUCUUGCAGACCUGAACAACUGCCAUGGGCAAAAUGAAUCUCAACCCCCUGAGAAAGAGAGCUUCAGUCUGGAGGAGAAAUCCAAGUCUUCAAGAAAGCGAGUCCACUACAUGAAAUUCACUAAAGGAAAGGACCUAUCUAACCGCAGUGAGACUGACCUGGCCUGCAUCUUUGGAAGGAGGCAGAAAAGCUGUAGAGAUCUAGAAGAGGACAGCAGCAGUGCAGAUUCCCAGGGAGAAGUAGAGGGGGAGGUGAAGGGAAGAAAACCCAACAUUACCGCAGACUUGGAUUCCGAGAUCACAAACACCGUGACCAGCACACUGACCAUGCAGGAGUACUUUGCCCAGAGAAUGGCACAGCGGAAACAGAACCAGAGUGAAACACAGCCAGAAUCGGCCAGCAGCAGCUCCUCUGCUGGUCUGCCAGAGUCUUCUGAAGUGAUAAAAGUGAAAUCCAAGAAAAAGAAAGGUACUAAAAGAGAAUACUGUGAAUUGGAGCAGCAGGACUGUGGUGACAUAGCAAUGACAGAAAAUGGUGUGGCGCAGGAUGGGAAAAGUGUAGACGAUGACAGCCACGCAGCCAAAAAGAAAAAGAAAUCAAAACGCAGAAAGAUCCCUGCAGAAGAGGUAAAUGGACACGGAGAGAAAGAAUACAACAUGGAGGAUGUCGUGAUGCUUGAUAGGAAAGAGAGGAAAAAAAUUAAGAAGAGGGAGGAAGAAGCGGUGACAGCAGAGGACGAAGGAGACAAUCCCGUAUCACCAGCCAAAGAGAAUGAGUCUAAAAAAGAGAAGAAAAAGAAGAGAUCACGUUCAGAUUAAGAUUUUUUUUUUUUUUUUUUUAAAGUUAAUCAGAAAGGCAGAAUUUGUCACUGGGUCACUAGCUGUGGAAAAGGUGAAUCUGCAAAUACAUUUGUUACACCAAUUAAGGCCGCUGCACACCAGAUGCGAUGCAUUUUUUUCAUCUGGUGACAAAUGUCUACUAGACAUGACCACACAGACAUGAUGUGACAGAAAACUGAUAGAUCUAUGAUUGACCAGAUACAUUUCCGUCAACAUGAUGUGGAAAUUAUCUCUGACAAUUUCAAUUUAUAUGGCAAUAAAUCAUACAUCCUAGUCUUAUCCAGUUCUUUCGAAAUGGACUCCAGUACAUUACCUUUCAUCUCUGUAUUUUUAUAAUUGCAAUGAUUUUUGUCCUAAAGCUCUGGGUAUUUUUCAACGGCAAGUAUUAUUUUUUACUCCAUCAUUUUGGAUACUUGCUUCACCCUGUUGGACACCAAGCUCUUCUCUGAUUGGUCAGUCCCCUAAAAAUCGUGAAAAAUAGGAUCCAGUCCCUGGUGU